UUCGUUGAUUAUUGCGCGUAUCGUGGUGUGAACCUAACGGGCGACCACUGGCUGGGAGCCUUCUGUCGCAACGAUAUGACUGCCAUCUUCGGUUACAACUACUCCUGGAUCGAUCUGGACUAUUGCGUGGGCAACAAUGGUGGCCAGCUGAUACCUUACGAGAACGGCAAUUACUCGACGAGCUGCACCAACUGCGGCAUCGACUUCGAGAUGGAGACUCUGGUGCUCUCCUGCAAAUGCAUCGACCCGGACGAGAACGAGGCUACAUCGUCCCUUGAUCUGAACACAACCAUCUACAAUUACAAUGGAAGCAUCGGUUGCUUCAACCACUUGGGCGACAAGACA